AUGUGUUUUGGAAUUGCAGCGAGUCCCGCGCAGUUCCAGCGUUGCAUGGACUCGUUGAUCGGACAGCUUCCUGGUGUAGCUGCAUACUUAGAUGACCUCAUCAUUACGGGUCGUACGGAAGCAGAACACUGGAAGAAUCUGGAAAAUCUUCUGAACCGCCUUCAGGAGUUUGGCUUCCGGAUUCGUUUGGAAAAGUGUGAAUUUUUCAAGAAGUCGGUCGAGUACCUGGGACACGAAAUAGGUAGCAAUGGGAUGACUCCAUCUAAGUCAUCAAUUAAAGCUGUCGAGCAGUUGCCACGUCCGAAAACUUGCCAAGAAAUCCAAGCAUUCAUGGGGAAAAUAAACUACUAUGGCCGCUUCAUAGCCGAUCUGUCAGAGAAGGCUAGACCACUGUAUGCCCUAAUGCGGAAAAACGCAAAGUUUGAAUGGAAGCAAGCUCAAGAAGAAGCUUUCCAACUGCUUAAGAGGGAAGUCAUUGAUGCAACACAGUUAACGCACUACGAUGACUCUAAACCCCUAAUCUUAGCAACUGAUGCAUCGCAGCAUGGAAUUGGAGCGGUGUUAUUGCAAUUGGACAAGGGAGUAGAAUACUCUAUUGUGCAUGCAUCAAAGACCCUGAACGAACAUCAGGUAAAAUAUUCGCAGAUAGAGAAAGAGGCUCUGUCAAUCGUUUAUGGGGUGACGAAGUUCAGACAAUUCCUGUACGGCAGGAGAUUCUCGCUGAAAACAGACCACAAGCCUCUGGUUGCCAUAUUCUCUCCAGACAAGAACAUUCCAGUGUUAGCAGCACAACGGCUUCAGCGUUGGGCAAUUACGCUUAUGUCCUAUCAGUACGACAUUUGCUACAAGCCAAGUGCACAGCAUGGUAACGCAGAUGGUCUUUCGCGUUUACCGAUGGGACCGGAUGUUAGUUUCGAUAAACAGGAGGAAGAAGAAAACAUCGAAAUUGCACACGCUAUCAUGGAUGAGUUAGAAAGUUCUCCCUUAAAGGCGCAGGAUGUCAAGGUCGAGCUGCACAAGGACUCUCGACUGAAGCAAGUUAAACGGCAUAUAGAGGAUGGUUCCUGGCCGGGAAAACUCAAGGCGGACCAAACUCACCUGCGCCCAUUCUGGAAUCAUAGGGACUCACUUUUCAUAUUCAACGACAUCGUCUUGCUACAACGUGACAAUUGCACUCGCAUUGUGGUUCCGUUCUCACUGCGAAAGAAAGUACUGGAUCUGUUACACACAGCACACUGGGGAGUGGUGCGAAUGAAGCAAAUGGCACGUCGUUAUGUGUGGUGGCCAGGCAUUAGCCAAGAUAUUGAGAAACUCGUCAAGUGCUGCGAGCCGUGUCGUUUGUCAGCGAAACUGCCAAACAAAACGUUUCAAGAGUGGCCGAAAACAGAGAAACCAUGGCAACGAGUUCACCUAGAUUUUGCCGGCCCUUAUAAGGGAAAGAUGUGGUUAGUGUGCAUUGAUGCUCACUCAAAGUUUCCAUAUGUUGCCAUGUUAAACAUUGGUAAAACAACAUCAGAGGAUACAAUCGAUGUGUUGAAACAGAUCUUCACAAUAGAGGGAUCUCCGGAUACGAUUGUAACCGACAACGGACCCCAGUUUGUUUCACGCGAGUUCGAGAAAUUCUGUGUGCAGCUGGGCAUUCACCAUGUCACCUCGCCACCAUAUCACCCUGCGUCCAACGGCGAAGCAGAGCGUUUUGUUCAGUCGCUCAAAACAGGGUUGGAUAAGAAUUGUGCGGGAGGAGCGGGAUUGAAAGACGCAAUCCGCGUAUUUCUAGCGACGUACCGGUGUUCGCCACAUCCUGGGCUGGCGGGGAAGUCGCCUGCGGAGGUGCUACACGGGCGUCAACCCAGAAAUCUCCUGUCACUAUUGUGGCCACGCGAAGCAAGUGGGGAGGAUCAUACCCUCAAUAAAGGCAAACAUCGUUAUGACGUUGACGCAUUAGUCUAUGCACGUAACUACGCCCGCGGACCGAAAUGGGUGCCGGGAACUGUCAUAAAAACUCUCGGGCGAGUGUUAGUCAGGGUACAGACAGAUCACGGGGUUUGGAAAAGACACGUGAACCAACUACAGCCAAGAAUGAGCUCAUAUGACGUUCAGCCGCAGUGUGGUGAAGGCGAGGUUAACCCUACACAACGGGAGAUACUUCCUGAGCCCGAACCUGUCGUGGGACGCCCGCAACCGAGAGAACGUCGCUACCCUGAACGAGUGAGACGGCGACCAGAUUUCUACAGGUCGUAG